AUGCGCUGGUGCGUCUGCUCCCUGCAGAACAGAAAUGCACAUGAUAGCGACAGCCUGGCGGCAAUAAUGACUGUUUCUUUGGCCUGUCCGUCCCCGCCUGAGGUUACAUGCUGCCGCAACUUAGUACGAACUCUGUCUGAUGAAUUAGGUUUCUGUGAGAAGCCGGGGGAGACUGUUACAGCAGCAUCCAUCCACAGAUCCCCUGCGGUCGGUCUGGCGAAAGUCAUUGCCAUUCCAGGACUCGCUGAUCGACCGCCCAAAAGGACCCUGAGAAAUGCACAACAACUAAAGAAGCCCCGCGAUAGUCGCUGCACUGCAGACGUUCGCAAUUUCCUAAGGCUCGGGGUUACUGCGCACGCCCGCCGAGUCAUCCGAAACAACACAGCAGGGACGAGAACCACUUCCGUCGACUCCCGUCCUAUGCAGCAAGCAGCAGCCGCUUCCUUCAACGCACAACUUUUGUACACGCAGUGCAACCCCAUCUGGUGA